UCCAUCCAAUAGCAACUUACAAAGCCAUCCCAAUUUCCAAAAGGACAAGUAAGCAAAGCACCUAAAACUAGCCGCCAGCUCGGAAUCGUCGUCGGAGCCACUCCACCCACCUGCUCUGCUCCUCAUGGCCAGCACCAGCAGCAGCUACCCCCUGCUGCUGCUGCUCCUGCUGCUGGCGGCCCCGGCCGCAGCCGCCGCCGAGGCGUCCGUCGGCGUCGGCGUCGUCGGCGGCGGCAACGCGACCACCACGACGUCGUCGUCGCCGACGGCGUACGAGAUGCUGGAGCGGUACGACUUCCCGCGGGGGAUCCUGCCGGCGGGGGUGUCCGGGUACGAGCUCCGCGGGGACGGCAGCUUCGAGGUGUACUUCCCGCGCCGCUGCGAGUUCCUGCUGGCGGGGACGUGGCUGGUCCGGUACGAGCCCCGCGUGCGGGGCUCCGUCGCGGCCGGCUCCCUCACGGCGCUGGACGGGAUCAGCGUCAAGGUGCUCUUCCUGUGGCUCGGCGUCGGCGAGGUGGACCGCGCCGGCGACACGCUCAGCUUCUACAUCGGCCCCGUCGCCACCUCCUUCCCUCUCGACGACUUCGCCGAGAGCCCGCGCUGCCGCGGCUAUGACUAUGAUGGCGAUGGUGAUGGCGCUGCUGCCGGCGACGACUUAUUCCCGGCGGCGGCGGUGGCGGCCUCGUCGUGACCCGGCGCGAUGAUUAGUAUUUGUACAAUUGUAUGUAUGUACCUGCCGCCUUGAUGAUUUAGCUGGCUAUAUACACGUGUGCAUCGAUCGAGAAUUCGAGACGAGCCGGCGAUUAGCUACUUCAUCUUCAUUUUUGUUUCAGGGAAUUGGAAUUGGAUCAGGUUAUUUAGUGAUCAUUGAUGCUA